UGCCGGCGUGUGAGGAGCGGCGCGGAGCCAUCGCGACCAUGCUGCGGCGCCAGGCCCGGGAGCGCCGGGAGUACCUGCAGCGCCGGGCCAGGGAGCAGCAGCAGCAGCGGCAGCGGGAGCGCAGGGAGAGCCUGCGGCGGGCGCUCGACGAGAAUCGGCUGCUGCCCACAGAGCUGCGGCGCGAGGCGCUGGCCCUGCAGAAGGAGCUCGAGUUCGACUUCCAGGCACCGGGGGAGACAGGUGACAGCCAGGAUGAUGAGUACAGGUGGGCGGGGCUGGAGCCCCCCAAGGUGAUGGUGACCACCUCCCGAGACCCCAGCGCCCGCCUGCGGCUCUUCGCCAAG